CCAAGAGAGAAGAUGUUUAGAUGAGAGGAGAAGAAAGAAGAAGAAUCGCUAGGAGAUUCUCCAAUGUCAAGAAGAAGGAGUAAUCGUGUUAGAAACACUAAAGCCGUCACUGCUUCUCCUCCAUCUGUUACUAUAAUUGAGGAUUGUGAGGAAGAUGAAUAUGAAAACCACAGGUCGUGUUGGAAGCAUAUUGCUUAUCUGAACACGCGUGAUUCAAAACCAAAACUAACCAAGGAAGAGUUUGAGAUUUUCAAACUCACUGCACCUUGUUUCUACGAGCAAUGCCCACGUCGUGAAAGGUCAAAGAGAAGGAUCAAGUGCAAGUACUUAGUCCCCAAGCUACGGAAAAAACUCAACUCCAACAUAUUCAUUAACUAUCUAGAGGUUUUAUGGAAGAAAGAUGUUUUGGAUGAGAAAAAGAACUCUUUUGUGUACGUAGACUGUCUAUGGUUUAGUAUGUACAAAAGCGAAAACGAGAGAGUUAGAAGCAGUGUUUUUGAAUCCGUAAAGGCGAAGGAGAUCUUCUCAAAAGAAUAUGUUUUUCUUCCUAUCGUCUAUUGGAGCCAUUGGACUUUGUUGAUCUUUUGCAAUUUUGGGGAAGAUCUUGAUGAUGAUAAUGAAAAGACAUGCAUGUUGUUUCUUGAUUCACUGAAAACAACCGAGUCUGCGCAGCGGCUUGAACCUGACAUAAGAAAGUUUGUGUUGGACAUAUUCAGAAUUGAGGGCAGAAGUGAGGACUCGAGCUUGGUUGAUGAUAUCCCCUUCCAUGUGCCAGAUUUUCAGGUUCCACAGCAGACAAAUGAUGUGGAAUGUGGAAGCUUUGUUUUAUACUACAUUCAUAGGUUUAUAGAAAAAGCUUACGGCUUCAACGUCGAUAAUUACGCAUUUUUCUUGAAAGAGGACUGGUUUAGCCAUAAAGACUUGGAAGAGUUCUGCAACACAUUUGAAUCUUCGGGAGCCAUUCGUUGACCAAAGUGUUUAACUUUUAACGGCUUUAAAACAUCAAUACAGCGGAUAAGAUUAGUAGAAGACUAGUUGCAUCUUGGGAUAUCAGAAUAUUCAAAACGGUAGAGAUGUUCUCAGUUGGCAUGAAAUCUCAAACUUCAUCCUGAGAAAUCUUAGGAACUGUGGAUAGUAUUUAUAUUUUUAAGUUCAUUGAUCUAUCAAACUCAUGGUCUGGUUUUGGUUUAUAUUACUCAUUUAAGUGAUAACCUUUUGUUGCGCCAUUGUCAAUAAAAUAAAUCUGAAUGGAAGAAG